AGAUCCACUUCAUCAUCUUUUUUUUACUCUCUCACCUCCUCGUGCACCACUCUAUAUAUAUACACCUCACACACUGUCCUCGUAACAUUUUUCUUUCUGUGAUCUGCAAAGGGUUUUUUGUUUGGGUUUAACCUCACACAGUGAGUUUUGAGUUGAGUUGAGUCCAGUACUUUCAACCAAACAGCCCUUUGCAGCUCUAUUUAUUAAGCUCUAUUCUCCUCUAUUUAAUUUAUGGUGAAACAAUUAGGCAGUUUUUAAGUCCUUUUUUACUCUGACAUAUUCACUUUGGCUCGGUCUUUUUCUUUGAUUUUUCAUCUCUUUAUACAUAUACCUAUAAAGAGAAUCAGUGAUGAUGGUGGAUCAUCACUGCUACAACAACCAAAGUUUCUUAGAUCCAUCGGUUAAGUUCACGGAGCACAAAAUCACAACCCGUAAGCUCUUUCAUCAAGACCCGAAACCGAAACCGAAACCCACCAUGAACCCGCUCAGACAAAAGAUCGUUCGGAUCAUAAUCACUGACGCAGAUGCUACCGAUUCAUCCAGCGACGAAGACGACUCGAUUGCCGUACAACGGAGAGUCAAGAGGCAUGUGAGGGAGAUCAGUUUACAACAACGGUCUUCUCCUCCUCCGCCUUCACCACUUAUUACUAAGCAAGAGCGAGCUCCCAAGAGAGUGAUAAAAUCGCCGGAAUCCGAUUCCGUUCGCCGGAAAAAGUUUAGAGGCGUACGCCGAAGACCAUGGGGUCGCUGGGCCGCCGAGAUCCGAGACCCGACUAGAAGAAAACGGGUUUGGCUGGGGACUUUCGAUACGGCGGAGGAAGCCGCCACCGUCUACGACCAAGCCGCGCUGAAGCUUAAAGGGGCUAACGCCGUUACCAACUUUCCUAACGUCGCUACGAGCGAGUCGACGGACGCCGUUACGGGAAGUGAUGAGAGCUCGUCCCCCGAGGAUUCGUCGUCGUCAGAGGGCGCUGUGGCAGUGGCCUCGUCGCCCACGUCGGUCCUCCGUUACGAAGAACUGACGCCGUUUGAAGAUUUCGGUUUCUUCGGCCCUGAAAAUUAUGGGUUCGAUUUUUGCGAGCCGUUGCAGUUACCGGAUAUUAUGCUGCCGCGAAACAGUAUUGGCUUAGCUGAAGUCGAGUUCAGCGAGUUCGAUUUGAUGGACGUCGUUUUCUAAAUUUGUAAUAUUUCGCCACGUGUUCAGAAGCUUGCCCACUCGGUCUCCUUGAUUGCUAAGGGGCAGUUUAAUAAUUUCACAUCAACUGUUCAUAGAUUGUGGGGGUACGUGGCACAUUGUGAUUAGCCAUUCCUAUAACGGAACAGUGUUCGGGGAACAAAAAAACCUUGUUCCGAGGUUUAAUGUUACAGCGGUCAAAGUGUCCAACUGCUACUACAUUAGUCAGCCGACUUUACCCAAAAUAUACGGCGAUUUUGUUGUGUGUCGUAGAGAAAAAAAUAAUAAUCUGUAAGUUAUGAUGUUUUAUAAUUGUAAUUACGUGUAAUUAAUUAUUUAAUUAUUAAUUAGGUUGGCUAAGAAAGAGUGAGCGUGGCUGAGUUGAGAGAGAGUGUGAGCUUUGAGGAGGAGAAGAUAUUAUAUUGUAUUGGAAAUUUGGAAUAGAAUCGAACAUAGUAGAAUUGAGAUUUUUGGGAUCUA